AUGAUUUAAGAGAUAAAAACCCCGAAGGAGCAAACUCCUUUUAUUUCUGAAUAUGAUGAAAAGGACAGGCCAUUAAGAAAAAACAAAAGCACUCGCCAUUUUUUUUCAGACUAAAAUAAAAGUCCAUCUGAAAAGCAGGAAAGGAAGUUGGUGUAUGCUAAAAGAUUUUUAAAUGUAUUAAAAAAAAGAGUGGAGGAUAAAAGUCUAAUAUCAAAUGAAUUGAUAGAUUAUGUAGGUGAUAAAGCAGCAUAGAAACAAAAGAAUGGAUUUAAUCUAAAUAUAAAGUUGCUUUCCACUCAUUUGGAGAUGGAAAUAAAAAUGAAGUUUAAAGAAAAGAUGAAAUAAUUAAUAGCUUCAUCUUUUGGGACAUUAAUACUAUGGAUAUAACGAAUAGAAUUAUUUAAACCAGAAUCUCCUGUAAAAGUAAUUUGGGAUUUUGCAUCUUUGAUAUCUCGUUUGUACUUUUUGUUUUUAAUACCACUUGAUGUAGUAUGGAAUAAGUACUCAUUUAUGUUUGAUAUUUACAAUAUAUAAUCAUUUGUAUUUCUGUUGAUUUUGUUAGGAGAUUUAUUAGUAGGAUUAAAUACUUCAUAUUAUACUGAAGGGAUUUUGGUAACUGAUCGAAAAAAAAUAGUAAAACAUAACUUUUUAAAGUGUUAUGGAUUGGAAUGGAUGUCAACAAUAUAAAUAAUGAUAUAUUUUAUAUUAACAUAGAAUGAUGAGAUUAAUGAUAAAAUAAAAGAUUAUAGAAUAAAUUUAACAUUGAUAACAUUUUUAGUUCAUUAUAGUACAAUAUAGGAAUGUUUAAUAUAUUAUGAGGAAGGUUUAAAUCUAAAUAAGAAAGCAUCAUCAAUUUUAGAGUUAAUAAAAUUGGUUGGGAUUCUAUUUUUUAUAGUUCAUUUUUUUUCUUGUUUUUGGUUUUAUGUAUGAAUAAAUAUUAACUUUAGAUAGGAGAAUAUAGUCAUCAAAUGUAUGGUACAAGUUGGAUGGAGAAGAUUGUAGAUGAGAAUUGGACUGUAUAAUAUGUUCAUUCAAUGUAUUUUUCAGCAGUAACUAUUUUUACAGUUGGAUAUGGUGAUGUGACUCCAUAAAGUAAUAUUGAGAAAAUAGUUUGUUGUUUAUUUAUUGUAUGUGCAAGUCUUUAACUUCCAUAUAGUAUUAAUACAGUUGGAAUGAUUGUUUAAUAAAUUACUGAGUAUGGAGAAGAUAAAAGAAAAAGGUUAAGAAUUAUAAAUUCAUUUAUGUAAAAGAAACAAAUUACUUUUAAUUUAUAAAAUGAAAUAAGAUAGUAUUUGAAUUAUUUUUGGUAAUUGAAUAAAGAAUCAGAUGCAUAAGAUGUUAAUAUGAUAAUAAAUUAAUUGGCUGAAUCAUUAAGAAAUAAAUUAGUCUAAGAAUCUAAUGCAAUAAUCUUAAAUUAAUGUGCUUUAUUUAGAUAUAGAUUUACAUCAGCUUUUAAGGCAGAAUUAAUAAAGAGUCUAAAAAGGAAGAUUAUGCCACCUGAAACUAUGGUAGCAUAAAAAAGUUAAUUAAUUUAUAUUGAACAAGGAGAAAUAGAUUUAUAUGGAGAUAAAAUGUGUAAUUUGAAAUUGAGUUCUUUUUCUUAAGGUUCAACAUUAGGUUUAAUAUCAUUUUUAUUAGGAAAUGAAAAAUCAGAAACAUAUAAAACUCAUGGGUUUUCAUUAGUAAUGACUUUAUCUUAGAAAAAAUUCUUUCAAAUUUUAUAGAAAUAUCCUGCUGAUUAUGAAAUAUAUUGUUAAAUCAAAGAUUAUUUGAUAUUUAAUGGUAGUGAAACAAGUAUAUUUCCUAGAAGAUGUUAUGUUUGUUAAAACAAUUAACAUUAUUCAAAAGACUGUCCAACUGUUCAUUAUGUGCCUGAUAGAGAAAAAUUAAUAAAAUAAUUAACAAUUGAUUAAUAAUAAAGUAGAGCAAUCUUUUAAAGACGAUUAAGAAAAAUUGGUAGAUUUAAGAAAAUUAAGGAAUAAUUAGAGAAAAAUGCAUUUAUUAUUUAAUAGUAGAAUAUUGAUAUUUUAAAAAUUUAUGAUUUACCUGAGAAAAUAGAAGAAAAUAUUAGAAUUAAUAGUUUAGAUGGUUAUAAAAAUAUAAAGAAGGGAUUCAAUUAAAAUAAAGCACUAAAAAUGAAGUUUUAAAAAUUUGUUCGUAAGGUAGUAUUAAUUAAUAAAUCAUAUCCUCAUUUCAUUACAAAUGUUUGUUAAUAAUUUAGAUCAUGCACAAAUUAUUUUAGUACAAUUUCAUAAUUAAGAUAAAUGUAGAUAAGAUAUGAUUAUUUAAAAUAAAUAGCAGGAAUUGAUCUACAUUUAUUGGAAAUACUUGAUUUUUACAUAAAAAAGAAUAUGUAAAAUCCAUUUAUAAACAAUUUGGAAUUUGAUUAGCCAAAGAAUUUCAUUCAUUAUAAUCCAAAAUACAAUUUCAAUAAUGUAAAAGUCAAUAUGGAUAAAAAUAAAAUGAGAAUUGUGACUUAAUUUUUAUAUUAUGUUUUUUAUCCAGCCUAAAUAAUAAGAUAAGUAAGAGCAACUAAAUGUACAGUCGAUUUAAUUACAUAUAAAAGAAGAAAUAAUAUUAUAAAGAAGUGA